GCAACAAGAAACAACAGCAGCUGCUGCGGCCGCCGCUGCCUCUUCCACCCUCUGUGAGGGGCUCCCCCUCCCCCCGCUUCCUUUGCGUUCCUGCGUACGGGAGCCGGGAGGGGCCCGCGCAAAGGUGGGCCAAGUGGAAUUCUCGCUUUCGCUUCCCCACCUGAGGGGUGGUGGCUGAGAAGGCUGUGGACGGAGAAAUGCAACAGCUCUGCCCGGACGCCCCUUUUCCGCCACAGCCCCCUCCUCCUCCUCCACCGCCGCCGCCUCCCUCUCUUGCCCUCACGCCAUCACUGGGGGCCACAAAGUAGCGGCUUCCCCCUCCACCCGAACCCCCCUUCCAGCAACAUCAGUAUGAGACCUGCCGAGACCCCCAGCCAGUGCCGAACUCCGGAAGAAUACUGACGGUUGAAUUGCUGCCUUUAUACUGUAAAAUUCUGCAAUAAAGUGGGGAUGUCAAGAGUCUCCACUCCUCCACCACCUGGAGAGAUGUCCAGUGGGCCUAUAGCUGAAAGCUGGUGUUACACACAGGUUAAAGUUGUAAAGUUUUCUUAUAUGUGGACCAUUAAUAACUUCAGUUUCUGCCGAGAAGAAAUGGGUGAAGUUUUAAAGAGUUCUACCUUUUCAUCAGGGCCGAAUGACAAAAUGAAAUGGUGCCUGAGAGUAAACCCUAAAGGGUUAGAUGAUGAAAGCAAAGAUUACCUUUCAUUGUAUUUACUUCUAGUUAGUUGUCCAAAAAGUGAAGUGAGAGCAAAAUUUAAAUUUUCUCUUUUAAAUGCAAAAAGAGAAGAAACUAAAGCAAUGGAAAGCCAAAGAGCAUAUCGAUUUGUUCAAGGCAAAGACUGGGGUUUUAAAAAAUUCAUUCGAAGAGACUUUUUACUUGAUGAAGCUAAUGGUCUUUUACCAGAUGAUAAGCUUACAUUAUUUUGUGAGGUGAGUGUGGUCCAAGACUCAGUGAAUAUAUCGGGGCAGUCCAGUACAAACACAUUAAAGGUACCUGAAUGCCGACUAGCAGAAGAUCUAGGAAAUCUCUGGGAAACUGCAAGAUUUACAGAUUGCAGUUUUUAUGUAGGAGGACAAGAGUUCAAAGCUCAUAAGUCAAUUCUAGCAGCUCGCUCACCGGUUUUUAAUGCAAUGUUUGAACAUGAAAUGGAGGAAAGCAAAAAGAAUCGUGUAGACAUAAAUGAUGUAGACCCUGACGUUUUUAAAGAGAUGAUGAGAUUCAUUUAUACAGGGAAAGCGCCAAACCUUGACAAAAUGGCUGACAGCUUGUUGGCAGCAGCAGACAAAUAUGCACUGGAACGGCUGAAGAUCAUGUGCGAAGAAGCUCUGUGUAGUAACCUCUCAGUAGAAAAUGUUGCAGAUAUCCUGAUUCUCGCAGAUUUGCACAGUGCAGAACAGUUGAAAGCACAAGCAAUAGACUUCAUUAACAGGUGCAGUGUUCUUAGGCAACUUGGUUGUAAAGAUGGGAAAAACUGGAACAGCAACCAAGCAACCGACAUAAUGGAAACAGCAGGCUGGAAGUCGAUGAUCCACUCCCAUCCCCACUUAGUAGCUGAGGCCUUUCGUGCACUAGCAUCAGCGCAGUGUCCCCAGUUUGGCAUUCCACGCAAACGGCUAAAACAGUCAUGAAACCUUCCAUGAACUAUAGAGAAUUAGUGACUCCUCAUUCAUGUUCAGAGGGGUUUUUACAAACCAUCCGCCAGAAUUUGCUACCCCUGUCCACAGAACAGAACCUGAAAGCUUUUAAGAAUGGAUAAUAUAUGAUGUAAUAAUCAGCUUUAAAUUAGACUGAUAACUCUCCAGUUCACUGAAAGGCCUUAACGUCAACUACUCUAGUUCAUUCGUGAUUUUCUUGUUUUUGUUUUUAAAAUGGUGCCUCGUCUUUUUGACUCGGCUAUGUAGGAUUGCACUAGCUCCAUAAUGCAGUAAUGCUGAUAAAAUGAAGACGCUUCUUGAAAGGGAUCUUCCUCUUUUCCUGUCCUUUUUUUAAAAAAAAUCCCAAAAUGAAGAUUAUCAUUUGGUCUUGUGGUAACUGGAAGGUUUCAAGUAGCCUCUCCUUAAUUGAAUUGAGAGGCCAACAAGCACUCCAGUCCAAGUACUGUAUUAAGAGUGCAUCUGCCUACCUUCAGAGGGUGAAGUCAGACAUGCUGUGGCAAUAUACUACUCUGAAUAUAAUUUAUUUUUCAUUGGUUCAGGUGAGCGAGGGAAUAUGCAAUGUCUUGGCCCAGAAAUGUAUUUUAGUAGAAUUUGUAAAUGCUUACUGUGAGAGUGUGUCCAUCAAGCAUGAAAAGAAACACACAGCAACCCUUUUGGCCUGUGUUGCUUUAUGAUGCAUUGCUAUUUUACAUUGUAUUGAACCAGAGUGAAAGUUCGUAUGGAGAGAGAAUUAAGCGAUAUGUGUUGGGGAAGAAAUGGUUAUUUCUCAAGUGGUAUACAUGGAAGAUCAAGGACGCAUAAGAAUGACCAAAUGUAAAUUUCAGAAAUGGGCCAAAUUAUGGAUUCUCAGUAUGCACUUUUAAUGUGUAACUUUUGUAUGUUGUGUGGUACAUAUAUAUUUUGGUUUUGAUAAAUAUGGUACAGUAAUUGUGGCCUAACUUUUGAAAUACAUUAAGAUGCCCACAGCCACAUGGGAUUUAGUUUUGUUACUGCAAACAAGGAAAGCAUGACUUUGGAGAUGUUGAUUCAAAGUGAAUAUCUCAAGUGUUCAUGUUAGAAUCCAUUCUAUUUUCACACUUUGAACAGGCUUAACUAUGUUCCCUUAGUGUGUGUACGCACAAGCCUGUUCACACUAGUGGAAGUUGCACAGACACACACUUAGCAGGAAGAAUAGAAGUCUGAAAUGUCAGUAUUUGUAAGCACUGACUUGCUGUUUUUAGCAUUUGUUAUUGUACUAGCAUUGUGGAUGGUAUUGAAAUUCUGCAUAAUGUGAAAAGGAUAUAACAACCUGUAAACUGCUUGUAAUGGGCCAGUUCUUUUAUUAUAUGAACCUUAGCUUUAAUGCCACCACUUCCAGUGUGUUUGCUAGCGUUGUUUACAAUUGGGAGGAUUUGUCUGCAGCAGUGCACAUUGUAAACGUUUCUUGACUUAUUACGUUUGAAUUUUAUUUUAAAAAUGGUGAUGUGCUAUAUCUGUUGCGUGAGAAAAAUUCAUUUAGUCACAAGGAAAGGGAAUUGCUCUGAAUUUUAGAACUAAAUAUUUCAGUUGUCCCAUUGGUUUCACAUAAAAGUUCAUAAAGGUAUCUUUACCUCUCAAAAGAUGUAUCUUUUCUGUUUUUAGCAAGGAAGCUCUGAGAUAUUCAAAGAUCUGGAGCAUAUUUAUUCUGAAGUAUUAUUUUGACUAAAAACUGCUUAAAGAGCAAUUAGGAGCAAGAGAAAUACUCACAAGUCAACACAGUGCAAAAACUUGAAAGAUGUCCACAUUGUGGCUGAACUCAUUCUUUGGGGUGUGGUCUUUACAGAAUUUGUAUUGGCAUCCUUGAGGUAUACUUAAAAGAGCCAUUUUAGUUGCACUCCUGGUGGUUUCAGUAGGCCUAAAUAUUAUUCAGUGAACCGAAGUGUGACAGAGGCAUUCUGUCCAGAGAUACAUUAUAGCUUUUAACAUGUAUUGGAAGUUUCUCUUUAAUUUAAGGUCUUGCAGGUGUUAUCACAUAAAGUAUAAGAAUGUGUGUCCUUCCAUGAUAGAGAAACUUCUGCUGCAGUGUAACAAAUAAUCAUAAUGAGCAACCUCGCAUCUUGAAAGUUGCAGCUAUAAUCUACAAAGUAACUUGAAUAUUUAAUACUGUAAUUGUCCAUUUCAGCUUGUUCUGAUAUUACUAGAUACAGCAAUCAGAUGGAACAUCUUAAGCAUUUUGUGUAAAGGUUUUUAAAAAAGCUUAAUAGCACAUUUUUUACCAAAAAUAUCAAACACUGUGCUGUACGAAUAUCUACUUCUCUAUAAAAAGUCCACUUGCCAAAAUGAACAAGAUGUAUACCAUACAUUGCAUUAACAGCCAGUCAUGACAGUUGGAUCUACUAUAUUAUUUUACCUGUUGGAUAUUUUAAAAAGACCCCAAAAGAGUAAAACAAAUGUUAUAUUCAGUGGGUGCACUAAUCCACUUGUUUCCUUAGUUGAACCACAUGGUGUUCUCACACUUCCAAAAGAGCUGGCAUGAACAACUUCCACUAAGUCACUUCAACUUGCUUCUAUUUUCCACAUUUCCAUAAAAUAUAUUGUAAAAUUAAAAGUAGUGCAGGAGAAAAACUAUUUACAGAUGUAUUUUGGUGCUGAAAACUAUAAAUUUUGUGGGCGUAGGCAACAGCCCACUGAACAGGAUUUUCAGCACAAUUAUCAAAGUGCCAUACUUGGCUUGCCAACUCUGUCCCUUCAAUACCCAUCAACCAUCACUAUCAAACUUUCCUCCUAAGGGAGCAACCUGCAUGUGUGGUGUAAUGAAAUAUGUGGUUUUUAACCAAGAUUUAUCUUCCAAAAAAUAGGACUCAGUUUGCUGUUAAAGUUGACAGAUGUUCCACUUAAAUAACUUAUGUGAUUGUGUUUUUCAUUGAAGGACACUUCAGUAACCCACCCAAAUUUUGACAGUCCAUUUACUGCAUGCUGGAGUAUGAAUGCAUAGUGCCUUUUUGAAAUGCAAGAUAAUAGAAUGGGAAAAAACUGAAAAUUCCUAAGGAAACUAGAUAGAGGGACUGAUACAUAAGGAAGUCAUGAGUGCAGAGUAGAGUGGUAUAUGUUUGUCAACUUUUUUCUUUUUCAGAAGCUAGAGAGGCAAAAUAUUUUUCAGAGGAAUAUUUUUUCUCCAAAACCAUUGCAAGCAUUCCUGUGAGCCCUAAAAUUUAAGUUAUUAACAUGAAGCAGACUUCAGGUUUUGUGUUCUUUAUGUUUCUAUAAGUGUGGAAUGGCAAUGAGUUCUUGGUGGCUUCUGGCUUCAACGAGUGAUUCAAGGUGCAGUCUGCAUGAUUGUCCCCUUAUCAAGGGGGAAGUUCCUUAAGCUCAAGACUAAUUGUGCUUAGUAAAGUUCCUAUAGAAAAUGCUAGGGUGACCAUUUGCAGAUGCUUUGUUUUAGGUUAUAAGGUAUGAGUUAAAAUAAUGUAUGUUUAGCCCAAGUUUAAUUUUUGUUGGCUGGGUUGAUCGCAUUUUCCUUACACUUCCUAUGAACUAUUAGUUGUUUUGUUAUACAACACAACUGCAUUGAUUUACUUGCUUUCUGCUUGCAGCAAAUGGACUUUCUCUGAAAUGGACACACAUUAUUUUUGUCAGUGUUUGCUGUGGUUUGCGUUAAUCAUACUCUGUAAUCUAGUUAAUCCUGGAUUUUUGAUAUGUCAGAAUGAAGGUUUAUUUUUGAGUCCUGUUUUAGAAUCCAAGCAUUGGAAGAACUUCAACCUGGUCUUAGUUGGAAGUUAUUCACAUUACCUGUCAUGUUAAAAACACUUGCAUCAAACCAUCCAGCCUUUUAUAUCCGCCUGAUGUUAACAGUGAAAUACUUUUUGUACCUUGUUGCUGAAAAUAUUUUUGCAUUUCAGGACAUCAAGUUACAAUAAAGUUGUUACUUAUUCAGAA